AUGGGUAUGGUCGCUUCCAUAUGUAUGGAGCCGAUCAAGCGCCGACGAGUGGAGAAGGACCUCGACGACAAGGUGGCAGACGCGCUCCGGGAGAGGACGAGGUCCCGGCAGAGGACCUUCAGGUCGGUGAACAGCAUCACCAUGCGUCUGCCUAGGUUCAAGGAGGGGCUCAGCGACAUCAAGGACAUCUUCGACCAGCAUGAUGAGGAUUCAGAUGGCACAAUCGACAACGAAGAGCGGCAGAGCUUCCUGAGCAAGCUCCAGGUACAGAUGUCCGAGAAGGAGAUGGACAACCUGCACCACUACUGCGACAUCGACAGCAGGAGCGGGAUCCAGUUCCAGGAGUUCGUCGUGCUCCUCUGCCUCAUGUACCUUCUGUUCGGGCCAGACGUUACACGCCGGGUUUCAGAAUUCGAGUCUGCGAAGCUCAACUACAUCUUCGACGAGCUCAUCGACGCUUUCAUCUUCUUUGACAAGGAUGGGGAUGGCAAGAUGAAGAGGAAAGACGUCACCCACAGGAUGAACGAGGCGUCUCACCAGGAGAGGACACCCAGCCACAUAACAGCACAGCUAUUCAAGGAGAUGGAUCUGAACAGGAACGGGAAGGUGAACCUCAAGGAGUUCCUCUAUUCCAUGAUCAGAUGGGCUGGUCUCGAAACCGAAGACGAUGGCAGCAAUGAGGCCUCCCCCUAA